UAUCCAUCAGAAAAUGAAUACAAUGCAUUUUUAAACCAACAUGGUGGUAGUUCAAAUGCAUUCACAAGUACACAACAUACCAACUUCUAUUUCGAUGUGGCUCCUGAGUUCUUGCAAGGAGCUCUUGACAGAUUUUCUCAAUUUUUUGUGGGACCACUUUUUACCGAAAGUGCUACGUGUCGAGAGGUUAAUGCUGUCAACUCUGAGCACGAAAAAAACUUAAAAGUAGAUAUAUGGCGUCUAAACCAAUUAGAAAAGUCCCUUGGAAACCCAAAACAUGACUUCAGUAAAUUUGGAACAGGAAACAAAGAGACAUUAGAAGAAAUCCCAAAGUCUCAAAAUAUUGACACAAGACAAGAGCUUCUAAAGUUUCAUGAAAAAUGGUAUUCAUCGAACAUUAUGGCUCUAUGUGUUAUAGGUAAAGAGUCUUUAGAUGAGUUAGUUGAAAUGACAGUACCCUUGUUUUGUGAUGUGGAGAACAAGAAUGUCACAGUUCCUGAAUGGUUAGAACAUCCUUUUGGACAAGAACAAUUAAAGGUUAGAGUUUCAUAUUGCUAA